UACAAGCGGGCCGAGAAGAUCGGAACAUUUUUAACCGACUGUUUGGUGCUUGCAAUGUUUGGGUAAAGUGCCCUCAAUACGAAUUGAAAAUGUUUAAUGAUAUUGAAAGUGGAUUAUACGAAAUGCUUAUUAUAGUAGACGAUAUUCUGGACGGAACGAUACUUCGCAGAGGACUUCCUUCUGCCCACAUGGUUUAUGGAAUUCCGCUAACUCUGUAUGCUACACUACACAAGAUGGUUCUAAUAAUGAAAAAUGUACUCUGUUAUGCGGAAAACCGGGAGGACAUCGCUCUUGAUGAUUAUAUUACUUUAGGUAUUCGAUUCUUCACUGGACAAGGACUCGAAAUCUACUAUAGAGACAUCCAACAAUGUCCUACUUUUAACGAUUUUAGAGCACUAAUUCGUGCUAAAUGUGCCACUGCUUUCGUAUGGGGAGUCCAAUGGUUAAAACUGUGCGCUAAAAACGAUAAAAUCGAGUUGAAUGUAGAUUUUUGUAACAAAAUAGGUGAAUUUCUUCAGAUAUAUGACGACUACAUAAAUUUGCACAGUCCUAAGUACGCAACCGUUCGGAUUCUCUGAGACGAUCUUGAUGAGGGAAAAUUUAACUUUCUUGUAAUGCAUGUAAUUCACACCCAUCCCAACGACCAUCGCAUUCUUAGUAUCCUUCAUAUAAAAUAGAAGUUUCACUUUAUCAA